AUGCCUGAUCCAAAAACUGGCAAAAAGAGAAAAGCUUCAGACUCGGGAGACUCUUCCGGCAAAAAGUCGAAAGACACUGGCGUGUCCACUUCGAUAGAAGGAUUCAGUCCGCUUUCCCUAGAUGACAUCAGGGCAAAGAUGCAGGGCUUGGCAGCCAAAGUUCCAGAGAUACCCGAUGAUACCUUUGGUCUGACCAAAGGAGAAUUGCACGAGGCUCUGAUUAAGGAAUGGGCGGCUACGCUUCAAGCCAUCUUGGAAGAAUUCAAUCUACUGGUAUGCUGUGUGGCAACUGCCUGCUACAGGUGGGGUACCGAUCGGAGUGGAGCUUCCGACCAGAAUGUAAGCUUGUUGAGUGGCGAAUUAGGCGCUAGUCAAGAUCAGAUUGCCUCGACCGUAACUCCACGGUUGACGAAUAUUUUGGCGCCUGUGGUCGAUCUAGUAAUUGACAAGGUGGUCACUACCAAAAAUGAAAAAGGAGAAGAGGUCAAGGAGAAUAAGUUUACAAGAAAACUUGUGGAUCCAGACUUUGUUGUACUCUGUCAUCGAAUUUUGGCACGCAACGCCCACAUGCUACGACAGGUCGUCCUUUCGAAUUUUCAAAAGAUAUUGAAAUCACUGAACGACUAUCUGAAAGCACAAAAAAAUGAUACUCAACACAGUCGUGGUUUCACAUACUAA